CGCACUUUGCGCUAACCUAGAGAGUAGCUCCGCUGGGGUGCGAGGCGCAGAGGGGCAAAUCCGAUCACGCCGAUCCAUGAAAAUGCUUUGGAAACUGACGGAUAAUAUCAAGUACGAAGACUGUGAGGACCGUCACGACGGCACCAGCAACGGGACUGCACGGUUGCCCCAACUGGGCACUGUAGGUCAAUCUCCCUACACCAGUGCCCCGCCGCUGUCCCACACCCCCAAUGCCGACUUCCAGCCUCCCUACUUCCCCCCGCCCUACCAGCCUAUCUAUCCUCAGUCGCAAGAUCCUUACUCCCACGUCAACGACCCCUACAGCCUGAACCCCCUGCACGCCCAGCCGCAGCCGCAGCACCCGGGCUGGCCCGGCCAGAGGCAGAGCCAGGAGUCUGGGCUCUUGCACACGCACCGGGGGUUACCCCACCAGCUGUCGGGCCUGGACCCUCGCAGGGACUACCGGCGGCACGAGGACCUCCUGCACGGCCCACACGGGCUCGGCUCCGGGCUCGGGGACCUCCCGAUCCACUCCUUACCUCACGCCAUCGAGGACGUCCCGCAUGUAGAAGACCCGGGUAUUAACAUCCCAGAUCAAACUGUAAUUAAGAAAGGCCCUGUGUCCCUGUCCAAGUCCAACAGCAACGCCGUCUCCGCCAUCCCUAUCAACAAGGACAACCUCUUCGGUGGCGUGGUGAACCCCAACGAAGUCUUCUGUUCAGUUCCGGGUCGCCUGUCGCUCCUCAGCUCCACCUCGAAGUACAAGGUCACGGUGGCGGAAGUACAGCGGCGCCUCUCACCGCCCGAGUGUCUCAACGCGUCGCUGUUGGGCGGAGUCCUGCGGAGAGCGAAGUCUAAGAAUGGAGGAAGAUCUUUAAGAGAAAAACUGGACAAAAUAGGAUUAAAUCUGCCAGCAGGGAGACGCAAAGCUGCCAAUGUCACCCUGCUUACAUCACUAGUGGAAGGAGAAGCCGUCCACCUAGCCAGGGACUUUGGGUACGUGUGCGAAACUGAAUUCCCUGCCAAAGCAGUAGCGGAAUUUCUCAACCGACAACAUUCCGAUCCCAAUGAGCAAGUGACAAGAAAAAACAUGCUCCUGGCUACAAAACAGAUCUGCAAAGAGUUCACUGACCUGCUGGCUCAGGACCGAUCUCCCCUGGGGAACUCGCGGCCCAACCCCAUCCUGGAGCCUGGCAUCCAGAGUUGUUUGACCCACUUCAACCUCAUCUCCCACGGCUUCGGCAGCCCGGCGGUGUGUGCCGCGGUCACCGCCCUGCAGAACUAUCUCACCGAGGCCCUCAAGGCCAUGGACAAAAUGUACCUCAGCAACAACCCCAACAGCCACACGGACAACAGCGCCAAAAGCAGUGACAAAGAAGAGAAGCACAGAAAGUGAGGCUCUGCGCCCGCCCGCCCCGCGCCCGCCCGCCCGCCCGCCCGCCCGGCUCCCGGCUCCCGGCCCGCGCCCCCCCUCGCCCCUCCCCCGCCCGGCAGGUGACAGCUCCGGGACAGCCACUCCUCCUGCUGCUGCUACGCCGCGCCGCCGCCGCCGCGCCGCCCCUCGUCCCCGGAGUCCUCGGGACAGCUCGCUCUCGACUGCCAGGGAGGCAGGCAGCCGCUGCCUACUCAGCGCCCUGCCUCGACUUCCCCUUCAGCACCAACACCCCCUUCUUUACCUUCAUCUGGAGCCUCAGAGAACAGAACAGGUCGUGAAGCCAGCAAAGAGAAGUUCUGUCGCGUUUGUGAACCUCUUUUUUUUUUUUUUUAAAUCAAAUCAACAACAAACAUUAAAACUUUUUUUUCUAAAAAAAAAAAAAAAAAAGAACGUUAAAAAAUUUAAAAAGUAUACGAGCUUCAUGGGACUAACUCAUCGCCUUCCCUUGCAUACUUCAGAUUGUAGCCAUACUUUAAAAAAAAAAAAAAAGGCAGAGAGGAUAAUGACAUUUUUAUCAGUAUUGUGAAUAAACUUGAACACAAAUACAGAAGUUCUCUGUCCUGUCUUCCGUUGUGGGAGUUGUCUCUGCAAGGUGCCCACUUGAACUUCCUCUGAUGACACAAUCCACUUCUAUAAGGGAAUCAGUGUUCACGUCUCUGUAUAUAUUUAUUUAUGUGUAAUUUAAUGGGAUUUGUAAAUAUGGUGAGUCUGUUUUAAACCUUUUUUUUUUUUUUAUUUUAUUUAUCUGGUGAUCUCGUUUACCUCCUGUUUAGUGGGUUUUGGGUCCUCCCUAUUAGUUCCUCAUGUGGUUUUACUUACUUAGAAAUCCAGGGUUUGGGUGACCCCCUCCCCUUCUGGAAUUCAUGAAUUUAGCCCCUUGGUAGCAUGUUAAUGAUGACAUUGAAACAGCUGAACAAAACUUUUUUUAAAGUAAAAUAAAAUUUUAUAUAUAAUUAGUAUCACAUUUAGCUGUUCAUUGAACUCAAAAGGAGAACCGAGUGACACUGGGACACUGGAAAGAUUUUUUUUUUUUUUUAAAUGAAGCGGUUUGAUAACCCUCCCAUGGUAUCGUGGGGAGAAAAAUAAAGUUUAUUUGAGUUCACUGUCCUCCCUAAAAGCAUCCUCUGAGCAAUAAACAAAUGUUGUCUUUAAACCAAGGGUUAGGGAUUUCUCCGUGCUCUCUCUCCCUCUCUCUUUUUGUUCACCUUCAAGCAGUUGGGACCACCUGGUAUUCUGUGUCUUCACUGGCCGCGUGGGAAGCACUUCUAGAUGUACUGUGUUGGGUUGCACUGGCAGUAGUUCCCUGUCAAUGUAUCAUAGUCCUUUGUUGCCCAGAUAAAUAAAUAUUUGAUACGCUU